CGGCGGGCGCUCCGCUCCGGCCCGCCCAGCACCGGAGAGUAGGCGGCGGGCUCCGGCGUGCUCUGCUGCCGCCACCGCCUCCGUCGCAGAAGAAGAAUGGAGCCAAGCAAGGAGCCCCGGGUGACCACCGGGGGAAAGCCCAGCGAAUCUGAGUCGGCGGUAUCCUUCCAGGCCCGGCUGUGGAAGAACCUGCAGCUGGGGGGUAAGGGCCGGAGCGGCGGCGGGCGGGCAGGAACCGAGCGCCGCACUGCGGAGCCCCCCGCACCGCCGCCGCCGACCAGCGGCAAGGGGGACCCGCCGCCCGGCGCAAAGUGGAGCGGCUUCAAGCGGCGGCGGCAAGUGCUGGACCGCGUCUUUUCGUCCUCCCAACCCAAUCUCUGCUGCUCGGCCGCCGAGCCGCUAGAGCCGGACGGCGAGUCCGGCUCCGCCCUGCGCCGCCUGCGGGAGCACCUGCUUCCCCAGGGCAAGGGGCCACCACCCGGCUGCCGACUAGUGCCGGUCGCCGGCGAUGAGGGGCAGGCGAGCGGGAAGGAGGGGCGCCGGCCUGGGGCGCACCUGUCCCACCAGAAGAGCUCUUCAUUGCCCAGCACCGCUUGCCUGGAGCAGCUGCUGCAGGGCUCGCCCACCGCCGGCAGGAGACAGGAGCAGCGGACGGAGGACGGCGACGGUGGCGCGAGAACAAAUUUGGUUGGAAUAAGUAAUGCAGAUUUUCCCUCUGGGGACCCUGGAAUGUACCAGUUGGAUGUUACUCUAAGAAGAGGACAAAAUCUAGCUGCCCGGGACCGUGGCGGAACCAGUGAUCCAUAUGUCAAGUUCAAACUUGGAGGAAAAGAAGUAUUUAGAAGUAAAACAGUACACAAGAACCUCAAUCCUGUGUGGGAAGAAAAAGCUUACAUUCUUAUCGAUAACCCAAGAGAACCAUUGUAUAUAAAGGUAUUUGACUAUGACUUCGGACUUCAAGAUGACUUCAUUGGUUCAGCAUUUUUGGAUCUCACGUCAUUGGAAUUAAACAGGCAGACAGAUGUUACCUUGAGUCUGAAGGAUCCGCAUUACCCUGACCAUGAUCUGGGAAGUAUAUUCUUGUCAGUUCUGUUGGCUCCCGGAGAACAGCGAGAACAGACAAUGCUAAUGAGGAAGAGUUGGAAAAGAUCAAGUAAGUUUCAGACCCAGAGUUUACGUCUCUCAGACCUGCACAGAAAGUCUCAGCUAUGGAGAGGGAUAGUUAGUGUUACCUUAAUAGAAGGUCAUGAACUUAAGGCGAUGGAUGCAAAUGGGCUAAGUGAUCCAUAUGUGAAGUUCCGACUGGGGCAUCAGAAGUACAAAAGCAAGAUUGUGCCAAAAACUUUGAAUCCUCAGUGGAGGGAGCAGUUUGACUUUCAUCUCUAUGAAGAACGAGGUGGAAUUAUUGAUAUUACAGUGUGGGACAAAGAUGCUGGCAAAAAGGAUGAUUUUAUUGGCAGAUGCCAGGUUGACCUGUCGACCCUGAGUAAAGAACAAACCCACAAGCUGGAGUUGCCACUAGAGGAGGGAGAGGGAUACCUGGUGUUGCUGGUCACUCUCACGGCCUCAGCUGCAGUCACCAUAUCUGACCUCUCUGUUAACUCCCUGGAGGACCAGAAGGAGCGAGAAGAGAUACUGAAGAGAUAUAGUCCAAUGAUGAUGUUCCAUAACAUCAGCGAUGUGGGAUUUCUUCAGGUGAAGGUCAUCAGGGCAGAGGCAUUGAUGGCAGCUGAUGUCACAGGUAAAAGUGACCCAUUUUGUGUAGUUGAAUUGAACAAUGACAGACUGCUGACACAUACCAUCUACAAGAACCUCAAUCCAGAAUGGAACAAAAUCUUCACAUUUAAUAUAAAAGACAUCCACUCGGUGCUUGAAGUGACAGUUUACGAUGAAGACCGCGAUCGAAGUGCUGACUUUCUAGGCAAAGUUGCUAUACCACUGCUGUCUAUUCAAAAUGGUGAACAGAAAGCCUACGUCUUGAAAAACAAGCAGCUGACAGGGCCAACAAAGGGGGUCAUCUAUCUUGAAAUAGAUGUGAUUUUUAAUGCUGUGAAAGCCAGCAUAAGAACCUUAAUGCCUAAAGAACAGAAGUAUAUUGAAGAGGAAGACAGACUGUCUAAACAGCUACUGUUAAGGAACUUUAUACGGAUGAAGCAUUGUAUCAUGGCAGUCAUAACUGCCAUCUGCUACAUUAGCAGUUGCUUUGACUGGGAUUCUCCCCCGAGAAGUCUAGCUGCUUUUUUGCUUUUUCUUUUUGUGGUCUGGAACUUUGAGCUCUACAUGAUACCACUGGCUUUGUUGUUGCUGCUGGCAUGGAACUACUUCUUGAUCGUAUCAGGGAAAGAUAAUAGGCAACAUAAUACAGUAGUGGAGGACAUGCUAGAGGACGAGGAAGAAGAGGAUGACAGAGAUGACAAGGAAGGUGAAAAAAAAGGAUUUAUGAAUAGACUUUAUGCCAUCCAGGAGGUGUGUGUCACUGUUCAGAAUAUCCUUGAUGAAAUUGCUUCAUUUGGUGAAAGGAUCAAGAAUACAUUCAACUGGACUGUCCCAUUCCUUAGCUGGCUGGCGAUUGUUGCCCUCUCUGUGUUCACUGUCAUCCUGUAUUUCAUUCCCCUGAGAUACAUUGUUCUUGUCUGGGGCAUCAAUAAAUUUACAAAGAAGAUUCGAAAUCCAUAUGCAGUUGAUAACAACGAGCUACUCGACUUUUUAUCCAGAGUUCCUUCAGAUGUUCAAGUGAUGCAAUACCAUGAACUGAAACAAGAUCCCAGUCACAGCCCGAGCAAGAGGAAGAAAAACAACCCUGCCUAGCCAACUUCAUGUGUUGAGGAGACUAGCAUCCGCCAGGGGAGAAUGAAAGAGCAAGCCUAGGCAGCGUUUCCUUUCCCUAAGCUUUUUAUUUAUUUUGCCUUUUUAUCUAGUGAGGAGAUUUUGUAAAUAGUGUAAAAAGGUGUUUCUCAUUGAAUAUCUCUUUCUCACUGUAAAGACAUUUGUUUUAAGUAGGGUUUUUGCCAUUUGAAAGCCUCGUUAGAAACAGCCUAAUGCAUUAAAGGAGUCAAUCUAAUGUGGUAAAUAUGCACUGCUACUUGGUAGUCAAAGAUACAUGAAAUACUCAAAUCAUGCUAACUAAACCUACAAAAGGUGUGAAUUUAAAUCUUACUCAAAAAUUUGUCAGUAUCAUCCAGUAAGUCACCGUUACAAUGGUGACAUUACUAUGUUUUAUACAUUUACUGAGAAAUACAAUGUGGUUGAGCCUACUGCACUUAAGUUUUAGCAGAUUUUUUGGUUCUCAGACCUUGAUGUUAACUUCUGGUGCAACAUUUUCCUGUGCAGGUGGGCUGCUUAUAAGAUAAUGAGAAACACCAAGUGCAAAUCUUUCUGGAGCUCCCAAAAGUAGUUCCUGAUGUCUUUAUCAUUCCAUUGUAAGAUCUAAAAAUCUCCAUCUCUCUCAAAAUACUGCCAGGUUUGUAACUGAUUGCCUGUCUGAUUUUUCUGUAUGUACCAGUAGUCUUCAUUUGUACUACAUAGGUUAGUGAAUAAAGUUCAUAGUUUUACUGUAAUGGAAAUAGUAUAAAACUAACUCCAUAUUGCUUUCGAUGUCAUGCUACGAACACUUUUUGUGCACAUAACUAUUUUAAUAUGGAAAUCUUGCAGAAAAUGUUUUUCUUUCAAAUCACAAGAUCAUAUUAAUAUGCUUUACCAAGCUGAAAUAUAGUGUAGAGGAGAAAAAUGCAGUUGUGGUAAAAUUGUUUUAUUUUCUUAGCUGUUAAUGUCAGUUCUUCUGAUACAAUCUUUAUCUACUGCAUGGAAACUGCAUUAUCUUAUAAAUUACAUGGAACAUAGAUGAGAAACGUUUACAUUUCAAAUGUUUUAGUGGCCACUGCAUAAUGAGUACUUGGGGAUAUAUUCUGGUAGCUGCAUGCAGACUACGUAGUGAGCAGAGACUCAUUCCUGAGGGACUACCUGUACACAGCUCCUCAUCGUAGCUCCCGGUGACAUUAAAGGGGAUUUUUGCCCAGGGGAGAGCGGCAGGACUGCAUCCUCGAGGAGAGCUGUGGUCCUCUCUGGAUUACCUCUCAUUGGUUGCAAUUGCAGAUAAAGUUAUAUUGCACUACUCUAACAAUACUUUUUGAAAAGACUAUUUAAAAAUACUUUGCAAGCACAUGUUUAUAUAUAUUUGUCUAAAGAAUUAUAUGUUAGCUGCACUGCUCAUGAAAGAUUGUCCUGGAUUUGUUUGUUUUGCAGAUAAGAUGAUAGCCAAGUUCUGAUGUGACAGUAAUUUUGUUCUUUCUGUUUGUAUAUUUGAAAGAAUGCCAAUCAAAUGACUGUUCUGCAGAAAGUCUUGUCCUUGUUACAUCAUGACUUUAAAAGAGUUCUGGCUGUGUGAUGCCUGAAGACCAACAUACUAUUGAUGAAAUGAGAAUCACUGAUUAGCUUAUUUUGUUUUAAAAAAGCCAAAUUUUUGACUCAGCAAUUAUGUGAAUGUUUGUUGCCUGUUGUCAGUUUCACGCAGUUCUUUAAUACACUGCAAGCCUUGUACCUUCUUAAUGUUGCCCACCAGGCUGUGUGUGAUUUCCUGUUGUCUUUUUUUUCUUUACCCAAUUUCAAAUGUCUACUUCGAUGGUUAUGUAUGAGUUAGCUAUGCACAUUUCUUGCAUUAAACACACCUUUAACAUCACUCUUUUCUAUUAUGAAGUCUCUGUCUUUGAAAUCCUAUGCUAUCAUUUUUCCUUGAGUGGUGUGACGUGCAAGUGUCAAGGAAAGCAUCAUAUUUCUGCGUGCAGCAUUUCAGUAUUUUAAGCUCCAUAACGUGCAGGUGGAGGGGGCAGGGAGAGAAAGACAUCUGUUUGUUGAAGAUUGGUCAAUUCCUUUUAAAUGCCUCAGUCACUUGAAAUUGAUCUCACUGAAAAUAUAACUCACAGAGGCAAGGCUAAGAAUGCAUGUGUAUUAAAUACAAUUCUCCUGCCACAGCAAGACAAUUUAAAAUCACAAUUUAAAAUAGUUUGUGAGUGAAUCCGUUUUCACUAUUUGUAGUUUCUCUACUCUGCUUUUUGUGGGUGGCCUCUGUAGCAAACCAGUCCCACUUUAUGCCAUAAAUAUUUUAACAUACCUUCCUUUUCCAGAGUGGUUCUGAAGUCCAUUUCUAACCUGUUAGAUUUAUCAGGCUUUAUUCUGAGAGCAACUUGUCUGUUCUAAACAAUCAUGAAAUAAUAAGGCAUCACACAAUCAUGAAACUCUUUCAGAAAAUAAAAUUUAAUGACUUUAUUUGGGUCCAUUGAAAAUUAUUAGCUUAAUUGGGGUCCACACUUAUAGUAGGUGUCAGAGCAUUUAGGAUCCACCAAGGCUGAUUGUCUGAGAGGCUUUAGUUACAGUUCUGCUGGUAAUUCAUAGUACAGAGGUUACUUACCCUGUUUUUACAGUUGUUUCUCAUUGUAGUGAGGAAUGCCCAAUAGCAAUGAGCUUUAACUGGGAGAGCUGUGUACUGUAACUUAGUAUUUUAAAUCCAAGUACAAUAACCCCCAAGAUGUUUUUCUAUUGCAAUUAAACCAGUGGUGGAAUAAUGAAAAAGCGAUUGAGCAACCUGCAUACAGUCUAUCAGCUAAUGUGGUCCCUGAGAGCAUAAGCUCUGUUGACAGGAGGAAGAGCUGCUGGCCCCUCCUGCCUUUUCUCCACCUUGGCCUGCAUUCUCUAGGUGACCAAACUUGUCUUCUCCGUUUCCUGGUCACCACUAUACUAUCAAUUAAACCUUAAUUGGAAACUGUUUGCUUUGUCA